CUCAAUCCUCCUCGAGAUUGUCAUCGUUGGCAAUUGUAUUUCUUUCAUUUUUCCUAAAUCUUUAUUUACUAUUUACAAUUAUACACUUUCUUUUUGCUGUUUUUUCUUAAAUAAGUAAAUAAAUUUUCAAAGUUUUUCUUAAUUCUUUGAAGCCUUUGAUUGUUGUUUUUUAAAAUUGUAAUGUAAUAGUUAAAAUAAGUCACCAACACUCGGCUAAUUACUGCUCGUUUCAAGUUUGAUGAUUUUGACAGAGAAAAUUAACAUAAUUUCGCUUUUUAUAUAUCAAUCAUCAUUUCAUCAAUUGUUGAAAUUGUAACUGUAAACCGAUAAAUUAACUGUUCCAUCAUGUUUUCAGUCAAAUUUAACCUUUUCACAUUAAUAGUGUUAAUCAAAUUCAUACCAAUAGCAAAUUGUGGGUAUCUUUUUUCUCGGCCUAUGAAAACACCAAAAGCCAAUAUUCACAUAGAGGCAACACUUACAGAUAAAGAGGGACUGAAUAGAAAAUGGUCAAUAUCUGAACAUAUGGCAGGAACUUCAAAGUCUCAUGGUAAAAUUCAUGUUACUGGGGAAUCACAAUCAUUUUAUGUUUUCUAUGAUCAUUCAGUUGAUGAUAAACGUUUGAUUAUUUCCGACUAUGAAUGUUACCAAAUGUCAAAAGACCAGGACCUAUGGUCAACUUCCAUUCCUGGUAUCCGACAAUCGUUACUAAGUUUAAUACUUCUGACUGGCCCUUCAUUCAUUUACCGGCUUUCUGAUAAAUCACUAAAAUGGAACACAAUCGAUGAAAAUAUGGAUGGUACCUCGAUUAGUACAAUGACCACUAUUUUAGAUGAAUCGCUCAAUAUAAAAGUUUACUUUAAAAGUGGUGUUAAUAAAGAGAUUGAAAAUGCAUUUCGUAUAGACUUUGAUGGCUACUAUAAUAUGCCCAAUACGAGUUUUAUAUACAGAAUUAGCGAAUCAUUGGUUCUUAAUAUUCUCAGUAUAACCCAAAUAGAUGAGAAUCUUGAUGUCAAAGUACAACCGAUCACAGGAAUUGGAUGCCCAGAUUAUUUCCAAUUAGAACGAGAAUUUCCCAAGCUUACAACUCGUCAACUUCAUUUUACAUUCACCGAGACGCUAACGUCAGAUCUAAAUAGUAGUAAAACCAUUUUGAAUGUAGAGGUUUAUAUAGACGGUGAUAAAAAAUUGACUCGAAUUGGUGUUGACGAUGAUUAUACAAUCAGCGAUUUUAAUCUAGCGGUUUCAUACUAUUUUAAACUCUCCAAGUGUCAAAUAAAGUCAUUCGAUAGUUAUAUGCCUGGACUUAUUGGUGGUCAGUUGGACAUCAAUGAACUAACUUGGAUGAAUGGGCAAUUUAAAUACGUUGGUAAAACCAUUUAUGAACCAAGAGCUCGUGGUAUAUUUGAUACAUGGGAAUCAGUUGAGUACGGACGAAAAAUUGAGGGCACUAAAUAUGACAAAGUUGUGACAACUCAGUACAUGGCAAUAUUGAGCAAUCCAAAUGAUUACGAAUCAACUUCCAUUGAUUAUGUUCCUGUGGCUAUGGUUCGAACUGCUUACAAAAAGGAUAAUAUGGGUAAAUAUUUUGUUGCAGAAUCGCGGAGACGAGAUAUCUCUGAGUUCCAACGAGCGAUAACAAAAGCCCAAUAUCAGAACUUAUUUAGUAUAUCUGAUUGUUUCGUCCGAGAGCAAAGAGUAAUAUUGAACUUUGAAAUCAGAAGUGAAGAAAAUGGUUACACGUGCAGUGUUGGUACCCAAUUUGCUGAGGAUCAUUUUUACGAAUUCAAGGAAAGUUUCAAAAAUGUUCUUACUAAACAAAUAUCCCCGCUGCGAAUAGGAUCAAUCUAUCUUGAUUUCCAUAUCGAUAGGAUCUCAGCUAGAGUUGAAUUUUUCGAAAGGCCACCUCUUGAGAAAUCUUUUCAGAUACGAGAUGCUAAAGUCAAAGUGGACAAUCCAAAGUUGACCUCUGGGGGUAUUAUUGCUAAAAAUAUCGAUGAAUGUUUGAAAACCCAAUUGAAAGAAAAUUAUUUCAAAGAGAUCCUUUACUGUCCCUCAUUGAAUGGACUUUGUUUGAACAUUGAAGAUCCGAACAGUUUGGAGGAAACUGUUGAUUCGAAUAUUGAUUGUAAACUUUACUAUUUUCCUCUAAUGAAUCAGUAUCGGUUAACAAAAGAAAUUGAACUUGCUGAUAAAUCUUCACUUCGACUUGAUAACAUGCCGAUCUCCUUGAAAUGUGAUAACUGUACAACUGCAAGUAAAUCUCAUCGAUAUCGAAUAACCAAUGUUCUUGACUAUACUUUUUCGAUUUCUCAUAAACAAUCAAGUUUCAUGGAAAUUCAAAAUCAUAAAACUCAUCUCAACAGACAAAUCUGUUCACCCAGUAAGUGGGCUAUUCAUAGUAUCGGUGACUGUUAUCGUACUUGUGUCACUCCAAAUAAUUUUGACUGUGUUGCAUUUUCUUAUUGCUCCAAUGGAAAUUCUCAUGAAUGUCUCAUUUCCAGUGCUCUAUUUAUACCAAAUGCUACCGUGUAUGCAAACAACUGUUCAACCUAUUCAAGAAAUUUCCUACUCGAAUAUCAGAAAAAUCCAAACCAACAAUUUUACGAUAUCUCAGAUGAUGAUAGUGUUUAUUCAUGGACAGUUGACGAUUGUGCCGCUCAAUGUUCACAAUCCCCUAAAUGUUUCUCAUUUCAAUAUUGUUCCAAUAAUAAUCAAUGUACUUUUACAAAGACUUCAUACCCAGUUAAAAAGGUGCGACAUGACAUUUUUUGCAAUGUUUAUACUCGUAAGUUAAAGUGUUCUAAAAGUUAUCACUGGUACUACCCUGGUUUCGGAAUUCAUUCUGGUGAGAGUAAAUUGAACAUGGAGCAAUGUGCAGCUCUUUGUUAUAACUGGAGGCGGGAAGAAAGCUGUAAAUCUUUCAACUUUUGUCCUAAAGGUCGACUUGAAACUACUUGUCAGUUGACCCAAUACAUGGUUGGAAACCCAAAUGUUGCAACUUCCCCCUCGCAAAAUUGUUACAAUUUUCAACUACUAAAGAAACUUCAACAACGUGAGUCCAAUCAUGAAGCAUUUGCACCGAAUGAUGAUAUGGCUAAUGCAGCUACUUCCAUUUCGUUGGCCUUUCUUGUUGUUGGUCUUGCCUUGGGAAUCGCUACCACCUCAAUCUAUCAUAUGAUCCACAAUAGACAUAAAUACAGGGUGACUACUGUACACCAAGAGCAAGAUCUUGAUUCUUGAUUCUAUCCUCUUUCAAAAGCAAAUUACGUUUUUUACCUCAAAUUAAAACCUAAACUACUUCAAUCAAAUCAUAACGAAUCGAAAUUUAGACAAUAAAAUACAAUUAAUGAAUUGA